AUGCCUCGCCCCCUCGCUGCGUCCACCGUCGCCGCCGCCGGAACGCCACUGCCGCGGCCUGCCUCGUCGACGGCCACCUCGCCGGACUGCCCCCUCGACGCCGUCGUCCCCGCCAACCUCCCCACGCCCCGCUGCCUGAAUCCCUACGGCCCUAGUGAGCCCCGCCUCUCUCCCACUCUGCUCCUCGCGUCACCCCGCAGUCAUGCACGCGCGAGCCCACGCGGCCACCGCCGCGGCCCCGCUCGCCUGUCCCGCAUCGCCACGGUGUCGCUCGUCCCACGCGCGCGCCCGCACCGUGCUUGUCAGCACCACGUCGCUCGCCGCCCUCGCUCCCCGCGCACGCCCGUCGCCUACUCCGGCGCCCACCGCGCACUCUUCCCUGCUCGCACCGCCGUCCCCGUCCGCCGCACGUCCUGCAGCCCCGGGAGCCUUCCCUUUCACGCCCUAGCUCGUCCACGCCCCUGCGUCGCUCGCACCUACGCGUGCGCGCCCGCCUCGCCCCGGCUGCGGUCUCCUUCGCCAACCGCGUCGGGCCGCGCCUGCGCUGCUCCCGCGCCGCUGCUCGCCCCGCUCACCUCCCAUUUCUCGCCACUUUAA